AGAUUUUUCAAUCACAAAGGCACAAAUUUAGUUUGUCUCCAAUAAUGCGGCCGCCACAGAAACAGAAACGCAUUGCCUUGUGGCUUGCUGCGGUUGCAGGUGCACUUGUGGGCCUGAUGAAUGAUUGGCGCAUUUGCCUGGUGAAAAUGUCGGAAUCAGAGUUACAUACGGCGUGGAACCAGGCUUUGAGUGGAGCUUUGUACUCGGCACCUUGGACUACCGCUAUCAGCAGCAACAGUGAGGUGCUACUUCAGCGCCAAGACUACCGUGACAAGCUCCGCCGAACCUCCAGUCUGGCAAAUCGAGGCGCUGUGUUGGAGGCCGCCCCUUGGGAAAUUCCAUGACAAUUGAAUCUGGCCGAGGCUGAGCAUUGUCAGCAAUGACUCACUUUCAUUUUGAAUGACAAGCAAGCAAGUAGAAGCUGAAUAGUUUGGAUCCCAGCCUUUGUCAUCCACUUUUCCAGCACAGCACAGUUUUUCGGGAUUCUAUCCAUAGUGGCUGGAUGAAUCACUUCCUCUUUGCUAUCCAUUUGAAGUUCCCCUAUGUGGCUGGCAUGGCGGAAAGAGGUCUGAUUGUCUCGUCCGCAUCAACAGAGAUGCACAACACUGUAAAUAAUUGCACGCUAGAAUGCAGCGUGGUCAACAAGUGACCCGGCAUGACACAUGUGAAGACUUGUGUGCUGUGUCCCAUUUCAGAGACGCGGCACGCAUGAGCAUUUUGAAGCCCUUUGCACAGCAGCUACCUGCCAGUGCAUAAAUUCAUGAGCUUCUUCGAGAACGUGAAAGUGACUAGUGUGUUGCCCUCACAA